UAAAAGUAUUUUCCAAAAUACUUCAGUUAAAAAACCGCAGUUAAAAAACCGCCACUUCAAGUGGCGGCUUAUGUAUAGUCGUAACUCGUAAACAUUAACGCUCGCAACACGCCAGGCUGAAGCACAAUUCGAGUGAAAUUGCAGAAUGUUUGUGAUGAAAAUUGCUGAGUUUCGAAUGCUUGAUAGGGAAGCUAUUCAGGUUUCAAAGGAUGACAUGGAAAUACACCGAGAAAAGGUGACAAUGGAACCACCUUUGUAUGAUUCAAGACAAAAUAGCUUUAAUGAAUGGUUCUUGUCAUAUGUAUCGUAAACAAGCAUAUUUGUGGUGGUUAAUAUGGAGAAGUGCACCCUCUAUAUCAACGUUUUCUUACUGAACACUAACGGCACCUCCAAGAGAGAAGAGAAGGCUCACUUCAUUUCCUUAAAUCAAUCGCCCUAUCAGCCUUAAAGCAAGGGGAAGGGCACUCUCUAUGCCUAUUAUUCUUCUAUCUCCUUCCCUGGUCAACUAGGCCCACUUGGUUAUCAGCUGAAAGGGAUGAUACAAGGCUACUUUAGCAAUGACAAAAACGAAUAUUUUCCACCUAUUAUUGAAGCCUUUGUGAAUAGGAGGAGCUUCAAAUCAAUUGACUGGGCCGUGGAUAUUGUUAAUGAUGAAGAAUUUGAGGUUUAUUUUGUGAACGCUCAUUGGACAGAUGAGGAGAUCGAUAAGUUUUAUGAUGUAACGGGAAAUGUAAAGAAAAGAAUGACACUUGGUGGAUAUAUCAAUAUGGAUGAAAGAAAAUGGGAUGAUAUGAUCAAAGAGAGUAUUGUACGAACAUCUAAUGAUACGGAUUAGAAAAGAGUCUGAAGGAAUCUUUGAGGACGGGCCUACUUCAAUAGGAUAUAAGCUUCUACCUGAUACUUUUUUUAAUCCAAAAGCAAGUAAAUGGAAAUUUUAUGUGUUUACAUUGGCUUAGACUCAUCUUAGAAUAAGAUACUUUCAUACUUCUGCCAUCCAUUUAUGUGUGACAUCAUGUGAAGCUCGAAACACUUUAUAAUAGC